AGUCCACCUUGGAAUCCAAUUCUGGGCCUUUAUUUUGUUGCCUUUGCUUCUACGACUCGGCCUGGAGAUGAAAGAGAGAGACGGGAUAUCAAGGCAGGUGGAGGCUUGAGAAGGCCACAGCCCUCUUUUUUUCCCUUUUCUUUGCCCCAAUUUUCAUCCAGGACAAGAGGAGAGAAUUCAGUCUAACUCAGAGAUUUCGCUUAGAUAUUUCCACUACUUUCCCCUUUUCUCGGUGGGGACAAAAGAAGGGGAGGCCCUGCUAUUUUUGUAUGUUUUUUCUAGAUAGAUACUUGCUUCUCUAUAGGAAGGGGCUGUUUUCCUGUUGACAACCCCACCCUCAGCAUCUUUUCUUGACAAUCCCAUAUAGAAACAGUAGUAUCUAUUUCCCUCUAGCCUGUUAAGGGUAGAUAGUAAUGUAAAUCCUUAAAAGGGAGGGCAAAUCAAUCUUUGGCGAGCAAAGCAUUAGAAACCGCUUUGCUGAGUAGCUUUCCCUGAUCAAGUUGAGGUCUUUGAUGGAGAAUUAACCAUUUGAAUAGGCUUUCCUGCAUCCCAUGGGGUAGUCAGGGUGGGAGGAGGCCAGCAGCCCCCUCCCCAGGUUUCCUUCCCUCUCAUGGAUGGGAAUUCUUAUUCUGUUUCUCAUCUCUCUGUGUUGGGAUGUCCUCAUGACCUGAGAAAGGUUCUGGACCUGAAAUGACUGGAAAUAGUUUGGAGCAGAUGGAGUUUGACAGUUACUAUCUUGGCCAAACUGCCACUUAAACUGAGAUGUGUGUUCCUUUUGAACUGAGGAUUUUCAGAGGUUUGGAUCAUGACUCUCCCUCUCUUCGGUUUGGAUAAUUUGGCCAGAAAGGGCCCCUCGUGUUUUCUUCUACUCUGAUAUGGAUCUUUUGGACAAUUGUGAAGAACACUAAAAAAACCCCAAAACAACUCGAUUUGUUCUGUGCUUUGCAAUAAAGCUGGAUCCUGAACUUGGUUGUGUGUGUGGAAAAGUGACAGCAACCUACUUGAAAUAUCAAGUGCAAUGCAGAUUGGCUAAAAAGUCGUCUCCUUGCCAAGGGCUCCAAUGAGUGGCUCACAGUCCGCAAUCACGGACAGGUUUCCUCUCAAAAAACCUACAAGGCACGGCAGCAUUCUGAGCAGAGAGUCUCCAGCAGAUAAGAAACAGAAGGUUGAGCGCUGCAUCAGUGCCCACGACUUUGACCCGACAGACAGCUCCUCCAGGAAGACAAAGUGUAGCUCGGACGAGAGUAGAUCCGAGACGUAUGGUCUUGUUCAGCGUUGUGUUAUUAUACAGCGGGAUGAAAAUGGAUUUGGGUUGACAGUCAGUGGAGACAAUCCAGUCUUUGUACAGUCUGUCAAAGAAGAUGGCGCAGCCAUGCGGGCUGGAGUUCAAACUGGCGACCGAAUUAUUAAGGUGAAUGGGACCCUAGUAACACAUUCAAACCACCUGGAAGUGGUGAAACUGAUAAAGUCGGGGUCCUAUGUAGCCCUCACUGUGCAAGGGCGCCCACCAGGGUCGCCCCAGAUACCUCUGGCUGAUUCCGAGUUGGAUCCGGCAGCGUUUGGUCAUAUGUCUCCCAUCAUGACAUCUCCUCACUCACCGGGAGCAUCGGGAAACACGGAGAGGAUCACAAGUCCAGUGCUGAUGGGGGAAGAAAAUAAUAUUGUUCACAGCCAGAAAGUGGAGAUUUUGCGGAAGAUGUUGCAGAAAGAACAGGAGCGGUUGCAGUCUUUGCAAGAAGAUUACAGCCGCUCCCCUGCCUCCCAGCUGCUGAAGGAGAUCCAGGAGGCCAAGAAGCACAUCCCUCAGCUGCAGGAACAGUUGUCCAAAGCAACAGGCUCCAUCCAGGAUGGGGUCUUGUCUUCCAAGUCUGUGAUGGAGUCUUUGCAAAUCAGCGAGAUAGAAGCAGAAAGAGGGGACGGGCUGAACAGAGGAGACAGCAGUUUUGGGGACAGCUCCCAUACGAAUAGUGAUCUGGCUGAGAGUCCCCGGAGCGGCUUGAGAGAACGAAUGUAUCUCGACGAGAGUCCAGAAAAGAGCGAGACUCAAGAUACCGACUCCCAAUCUAGUAUCGGAAGCCCCUCGUCUCGCAUGGCACCCCCAAUCAUCGGAGCAGAGGAUGAUGAUUUUGAUGGUGAACAGGAACAGAUCAAUGGGCAGUGCAGCUGUUUCCAAAACAUUGAGUUGCUCAAGUCCCGCCCCGCUCACCUGGCUGUCUUUCUGCAUCACGUCGUGUCGCAAUUUGACCCAGCUUCUUUGCUUUGCUACCUUUUUGCUGACCUUUACAAACAAACCAACUCCAAAGAGACUCGUCGUGUCUUUGCUGAGUUCAACCAGUUUUUCUUGGAUAAAUCUGCAAAUCUGAAGGUUCCAGUCCCAGAUGAAAUUUCUGUAGAUUUAGAGAAAAGACGCUUAGAUUUGAUUCCCGAAGAACUGCACCGCCACUAUAUCCACACUAUGCAAGAGAAAGUCCUUCCUGAAGUUUCCAAGCAUCUUGAAGAUUUUAGACAGAAACGCAGCAUGGGGUUGACCUUGGCAGAAGGGGAGUUGACCAGGUUAGAUGCCGAGCGCAUCCGUGACCGGACGACGCAGGAGAAGGAGAGAAUUUGCGCAGAGCAGAUCAUUACCAAAAUUGAGGAAGUGCUGAUGACCUCUCAGCCCAUAGAAGAAGAAAAGAGUUCAAGCAUACAGUAUGUCGUUCUCACCUACAUGAAGCACCUUGGCGUGAGAGUCAAAGAGCCCCGGAGUCUGGAUCAGAAGCGGGGACGGAUCGGAUUCCUGCCAAAGAUCAAGGUAAAGCAAAGCAUAAAGAAAGAGAAGGAAGGGGAUGAAAAGAAGAGGAGAGUCUUCCCCAAUAUCCUGGGACCCCCAAGAAGGCCGAGCCGCCACGACAGUUAUGCAAUAGGCAGAGCCAUGGAAAUACAGAAGCAGCGUCAUCCGAAGCACUUAUCCUCCUCUUCCUCUGUCAGUCCGGAGCCAGCAGACUCUGCCAGGAUGCGCCAAAGCGGCUCCAUUGAGAGCACAGACGCAGCCCACCCUCCUGCCAACCUGGUGUCCCCUCUGGGAGCCGGUUCCUCUCCUUCUCAAGAAGGAAACAAAGAUAGCGAAGCAGGUUUGAAACAAGUUGGAGAAACUCCUCCUUCAGGCGACUCUGUGGACGGUACGCCUCGCACAACCAACACCAUCUUUGAUUUCCCAUCUCCUCCAUUGGACCAUUUGUUGGAAGAGGAAGGUGACUUUGACAGGUUAGCAGAAUCAGGAACACCGAAAUCCUUCCGCAAGAUGGACAGUUUGGGCGCAGGCGAUAUCCAGAGCGAAGAUGAGCUGUUUGAGUUUGAUAUGGAGACAGACCCACCCAACUGGCAGCAACUUGUGAGCCGCGAGGUGUUGCUUGGCCUGAAGCCGUCUGAGAUUAAACGCCAGGAAGUGAUUAAUGAAUUAUUUUACACUGAGCGUGCUCACGUCCGUACACUGAAGGUUCUGGACCAGGUCUUCUAUCAGCGUGUGUCUCGUGAAGGGAUCUUGCCUCACUCGGAAUUGCGGAAGAUAUUUUCAAACUUGGAGGAUAUCCUUCAACUCCAUGCUGGAUUGAACGAGCAGAUGAAAGCAGUGAGGAAACGGAAUGAGACGUCUGUCAUUGAUCAAAUUGGAGAGGACUUGUUAACUUGGUUCAGUGGAGCAGGGGAAGAUAAAUUGAAGCAAGCCACUGCCACCUUCUGUAGCAACCAGCCCUUUGCUCUAGAAGUGAUCAAGUCGCGGCAGAAGAAGGACUCUCGCUUCCAAACCUUUGUCCAGGACGCGGAAAGCAACCCACUCUGUCGCCGACUGCAGCUAAAAGACAUAAUUCCCACCGAGAUGCAGAGGUUGACCAAAUAUCCCCUUCUGCUGGAUAAUAUUGCAAAGUACUCAGAACAACCUGGGGAGAAGGAGAAAGUGAAGAAAGCCGCCGAUCAUUGUCGACAGAUUCUCAACUUUGUGAACCAAGCAGUCAAAGAAGCAGAAAACAAGCAGCAUUUAGAAGACUACCAGCGCCGACUUGAUUUGUCCUAUCUGAAACAGUUGGAAGGCCCUAUGCUAGAAGAAUUCAGGAAUUUAGAUUUAACCAGGAAGAAGAUGAUUCAUGAAGGGCCCCUGACCUGGAAGGUGAAUCGUGACAAGACCAUUGAUCUCUACACGCUGCUCUUGGAGGACAUUCUAGUGCUGUUGCAGAAGCAAGACGAUCGACUAGUACUGAGAUGCCACAGCAAGAUCCUGGCCAAUGCUGCGGACAGCAAGCAUACAUUCAGCCCAGUCAUCAAACUGAACACGGUGCUGGUGCGCCAAGUGGCCACAGAUAACAAAGCAUUCUUCGUCAUCUCUAUGUCGGAAAAUGGAGCCCAUAUUUAUGAACUGGUGGCGCAAACUGUCUCAGAAAAGACUGUGUGGCAGGAGCUCAUUGCACGGAUGGCAGGAACGGUGAAAGUUGGCAGACGAGUGAUUCCGUUACCUCAGUCAGGACCCUGCGAGGAAGACCACGAGGAAGAGGAUCAGAAACUGAAAGAAGAACAAACCACUCCCGAGAGCAGUAUGCAGAGCCCAGAUAAAGAUCUGGAAAUGGAGUCUCCCUCAGCCACCACAUCGGAAAAAGCAGAAGCGGAAGAGCUCUUGGAGGCCGACCGGCGGUUUAGAGAGAAAGCACCGGCGGAUUUGCUGAUCAAAGAGCCCUCCGACAGCUUCAGCCACAGGGGCACAACAGAGCUCUUGUUCCCAAUCUCUGAAGACCGGUGGGCUUUGGAUGCACUACGGAAUUUGGGCUUGUUGAAGAAGUUGCUGAUGCAGCAGCUAGGCAUGACUGAACAGCAGUCCCUUGAAGACUGGCAGCGGUUUUCCAGGCAUAGGACAGUUUCUCAGGGGGCCCAGGUGGAGAAGAGCAUCCUUAGAGGACAGCAGCGCUCAGAGAAGGAGAGGGCAUCCCUGCCUGGGGUUAGGAGGAUGCCCUCCAGCACGGGAACAAGUAGUGUUGAGCCUUGCUCUGGUCACCGGACUUCGGGUGAGUUUGUGCAAGCAGGGGACACCACGCCGAGUAGCAGUCAGUUAAUGGACCCCUUGAGCACAAACCCAGAGACUCCCAUUACUGAGCUGGAAGGGGUCAGCGCAGAGGAUGGCGGAGAGCAUUUCUUUGAUGCCCGUGAAGCCCACAGCGACGAGAACCAGUCAGAAGGCGAAGUGACAGAAAGGAAAGACGUGGAAGAGGUGCAGUUGCGGAUCUCAGGAAAUUUUUUGAUCCUUGAUGAUUAUGGUGCAGCCCAGGAGAGCUCCACUGAUGAGGAGGUGGCUUCGUUGGUCCUCCGGUGCACUGCUGGCAAGAGCGCUAUGGACUCUGCUUCCCAACUGCCAGCAUCUCCGCAGGAGGCCCAGCAUCCAGACCCAGGAGCCAGCUCACCUUUCCCUGCUGGGGAUGUGACGCCCUCCCAUUGGGAAGCCACUAAGGAACCCUCCUCCUCAGACGUAUUAAGGCCUCCCUUCUCUCCGGAGUCACGCUCCCUAAUCAUGUAUUACAUCCAGAAGAUCGAGGCCAACUUGGAACACUUAAAGGAGGUCGAGGAAAACUAUGCGACUCUUCAGCAAAGGCUGGCUGGAUCAGUCCCCACGGAUGAGCACUCAGAUAAAAGUUAGUCCCUCUUUCUGCAAGUGGCUGAAGGUUGGAUGGAAGCAGCCUUGCUCGGUGCCUGCUGGUUUCUGCCUGGACUUUGGGGGGCGCAAGAGGCCUCUCUUUCCAUGGACCAUCCAAGCACAAAGUGGAGGGAUGGGCAGUUUCCUUUGGGGCCUCUGCACUAGCCUGUUGGAGAGGGGCGGUGAUCUUGUCCUUCUCCUCUUUCUACAUGAAAUUCCUAUUUUGAAACAAGAGGAAAUAAGGAACAGAGAGAGAGAAAAAAAAGAAACCAAAUGUAUAAAGCUUUGGGUGUAGGAUAUACAAAUGUAUUUAGACAUACAAAAAAAAAAUAUCGAUGUAUUUAUUUGACUUCAUUCCGUGUACUGAAAGCACACUUUAAUUUGUAAUUUUUUUUUUUGCUUUAAGAAAAGAAAAUGGAUAGUGCCAGUUUGCAGGCCUCCCUCCCAGCAUCCCUCUGUUCUCGAAUCCAGGGUGGAGGAGUGUAAACCUGUCUUGGUUUUUCACUGGAUUGGAUUCCACAGCAACCAGUCCACCUCUCAAAAAAGAGUUUCCCAUGUAAGAUUCAGGAAAUAUAGGCAGGCCUUUCUCGUGUGCAAUGACACAAUCAGGCACUUGAAAGCUGGCAGUCUAGUCUCCCUUUGGGCUCUCCUUCAGUAAGAUGCGGACGUAAGAGGAGGAAUGGAAAGGGAUUGGAGUUCUGGUUCUGUCCCGAAACCCUCAACUAUGGCUUGAUCAUGGUCUCUCCCAGAAGGCAAUCCCUUGGCCUUUCUGUCUUUUGGUGUGGGGAGGACCUUUUACAGAACAGGGCAAGCAUGAUCAAAGUCUCUCUGGAUCACGGUGCAUCUGCCAAGUCCCUUGUAUUGUAGCUGCCACUGGAGGUAGUAGCCGCAUGCUGCUUCUGCCUAUGAAGCUAGGGCUCUUCACUACCGUUGUUGAUCAUUGUGUGGGGAAAGGGAACACGGUUUGGUUUGGGGUAAUGUCGUUUUGCAUUGUUUGUGCCAAAGUGCUCUGAAAUCACACUGGUUGGGGGACAGAGAGAAAAAAAACAUAACCAGAAUAGCUAGUGUAAGUAUUUUUUUUUAUAACCAAGUCUUUGCAUCAUGAUGUUUUUGAAGCCAAACUGUCUUUCAGAAUGCAGCCGUAAGCCUCAGGAGCACGGCUGGAAAAUACAGAAAAGUGCAAUCUGGUUUUAACCAGUGUUGAGACUGGGCCAGAUGGUACUGGUAUGAGAGACAAUUUGGGAUGCAACUUCUGCCUUGGAAACUUUCACUGCAAGAGGCUGUUACAGGCUGCUGAUGACUGUUUUCCUGCACCAAGUACCCACCUGGGCCUUUUAUUUUGCUUCUAAAAGUGCCAAAUUCUAGAAGCCCUUCUCCCUUAAUAUUGUGCCCCUCCUUGCUAUAUUACAUUGUAUGCACUAUGGAGUGUGGAGCAUCUUUCCUUUUCCUCCUCCUUCCCGCGUGAAGGUCAUACUGCCUGCUCCAUUAACACAUAAACACAUUUUCCCUGUAGCUAUAAUGGCCACGAAUCAGAACGGCCGUUUCCCAGCCAUGCGAAGCACAAAACCUCUCCUUUCUCUCACCGGGAGGAGAAAAGAGUAUUGAAAUGGACCAGCUGAAAUGGGUGAUUUGUAUUCCCGUCCCUGCCCCCAGAUAGUUCAGAUCCAUCAUAAACCGAUGCAUAGUAGUGAGAUGGAAAGAAGAUUCUGUUUUUCCAGGGCCCAAUUGCGUGACUCAGGAUCAGCGGCAGGAAGCUCUUUGAGGCCAAAUGCUCUCCUUUCGUACGUAGGGGGGAUUUCCGUUAUUGGUGCCAACCCAAACACCACAACAAUCUGCUAGUUUUCAUUUCUCAAAUUUCUAGUAUUCUAGUAUUUUCUGCUUUUCUGAAGCAUUAUUUUGCCAUCGCUUGUCCUUACAAGACUGUGCCUGAGCUGACGAAAUGAACUCGGACUUCUAACUUCCUAACGUUGGAUGGCAUUUUUUGUAGAUUUGUAACUGUGCUGACAUUGAGCUCAUCACAUUUUUCACCCUUUUAUUCUCUUGCCAUACAAAGCCCAGGGAAUGUAUGCCUGGAUCUAUCAGGAAACCUUUUGGAUCUCUCCCUAACUCCAGUAGCUUUCAAACAAUCAGGAGACAAUCCAUUGCAGAUAAUAAUUAUCAGCCCCUUUGCUGCUUCCUUGUUGCAAGACUCCCAUACAUCUCUUACUGCGCUAGUCCUCAGAUUAUAAAUUUCACCAUGUUGUGGGAAUGGAAGUGUUUUUUAGCAGCUUUAAGAGGUGUCUGGAAACCAGGCUGCCAAAUUCCUGGGGG